UUCUCGUUUUCUCUUUUCAGUUUUUGCACACCUUUGAUGUCAGAGUGUCAUUUGUGAGCAGUGGGACCAAAACGGUGCAUCAGUUUAACAUAUAAACUCCCUUGUUUUGCUGUUUCAUCGUGGUCGUAAAAACGAGAAUUACUUAUGGGGAUGCGCACGGAUAUCUCCUAUUGGCUGUCUUAAGUAAACACCGCGCGCAGGGGGCUGGGGAUAUAAACGUGAAGUAGGCUUUCUCCUCCGACCACCGUUCGCGUUCCUGUCUAGGAUUAAAGCAACAGCGGAGAGGUGGUGACACUGAAGGAGUCUGCCCACAGAAAUCCAUGCGAAAUCUGUUGUUUUUUCCUGUUUGGACCAAACACAAUUUCUGCUUUACAGUCUCCGAGGCUCUGAACCCCAUGUGGCUCCUGGAGAAGAUCCGUGGCUCAGUCGAGAGUCACGCGGGGAGGCAAUCGCAGUCCACCGAGCGCCAGGACAAGUCGGCGGCACCAUAUAGCAACGUGCUGACGCCUGACAAGAUCCCAGUCUUCUUUAUCCCGCCCAAGCUGGUGUGCUGCCCACCCGAGGUGGAGACCCCCGAGGUGCAGCCUCGCAACGCUGGGCUGCGACCCUCCGCCUCAGAACAGGUAAUCUGCAGCAAGACGCCCAAGGGUAGCCCACGGAGCCCGCGCCUCCUCAACCGGCUCACCGGAGACACCAAGAACCUCCUGAAGGCGGCCAACCGCCACAUCAUCCAGGUGGAGAGUGCAGAUGAGCUGGCAUCCACCGAUGGCGGGGACCUCACUACCAACGCGGACCCCCACUCCCAGACAGCCAUGUCGCUGCCCUAUGUCCCCAAGGCGCAGACGUCAUACGGCUUCACCACGCUGAUGGAGAGCCCACACACCCGCCGCAAGGAGUCGCUCUUCCACAGCGACCCCACCAGCCCGCUCACAUCGCCCAACAUGCAGCGUCGCUCGGCGGGGCAGGGCACGCACCUUGACCCUAGUGACUGUGGGGGGGCAGGCGGCCACGGCCACAACCCAUACCGGUACUUCAGCGGGGGUGAGAGCGACACAUGCUCAUCUGCCGACUCGUCGCCAUUCAACUCUCCGCUGCUGUCACGUUCUGCCUCGCUGCUCAAGAUGUUCACACAGGAUGCCACGGCCAAGGUGGCGCGUGCCAAGCGCUCCUUUGCCCGCCACAGCUCGCUCUCCACCGACGAGUGUAGCUCUGUGGAGACCAGCCCCAAUGUGCCGCGACGCUUUCGGUGCCCACCCUCGCCGGCCUUUGGCGUCCGCAAAGCCGGCGGCGGGCCUUCAGAGAGGACGACGCAGCACACCGUCAACCUGCACAAGGGCGGCACCCUGCGGCUCUGCACGGACUACGACAUCGAGGCAGCACGGCUGCGGGUUCGCCUGCUGGCUGCCGAAGACCUGUAUGACCAGCACGUGGACGUGAAGAGCAUAAACUGCUGCGUGACGCUGUACCUGCACCCCGGAAAGCUCCAGAAGCAGCGCAGUACCAUCAUCAAGAACAGCCGCAACCCUGUCUUCAAUGAGGACUUCUUCUUCGAUGCGCUGCCCGUCAGCCAGGUGAAAAGCCUAGCCAUCAAGAUGAAGGUGGUCAACAAGGGCACCAGCCUCAAGAGGGACGUUCUGCUGGGGGAACGUGCGGUUCCACUCAGGGAGCUGCUGGCAGGACUCUAGGGUUCUAGCAUCAGUCGCUGCUACUGCCAGGAAAGGCUGACAAAGAGAGAAAGAGACAGAGAGAGAGAGCAAAGGAGAGAGAAGAGGACCAACUUGGGCCAUAUGUGUGUAAGAUUGGUUUGGUUCUGUGUACCUUUGUAAAUGUGUGUGUGUGUGUGUGUGUGUGUGUGUGUGUGUGUCUGUGUGUGUGUCUGUCUGUCUGUCUGUCUGUCUGUCUGUCUGUCUGUCUGUCUGUCUGUCUGUCUGUCUGUCUGUGAAAAAUAGAAAGUUGCUUUCAUUUCAUUUGAUCUUUUAAUGAUGCUACGGUGCUUCUCUGAUAAUCGGCUGAACGCCUUUCAUCUGAGCGCCGCAGCUGAACGGGGAGAUCAGAGAUUGCUGCAGAAGCUUUUGUCUGAUGUUGAGGGGGAAACCUAGGAGCUGCUGCUGUGCUGAAAGGGGCCGUGUGUGUGGCACCUGGACAACUGGUGACUGCUGGGGAGCUCAUCUGGCUUUUCUUGAUAACUGGGGAAUGGAGAGGGAGCUCAUCGCCGAAAGGUGUGCAGCGUCAGAUGGAGAACUUGGAGAAAGAAUGACAACACUCUCCGUUUGCCUCUUCUUUCUCUCACACACAGUCUCUCUCUCUCUCUCUUGCUCUCUCUCUCCUAAUCUCUGUUUGUCUCACUCCCUCUCUCCCGCGUUCCUUUUUUCUGCUCACUCUGCGGCCAAUUCCCUCCCUCCUGUGCGUGAUUAUUGCUUCUGUGUUCCCUAAGUCUCAUUCAGGCAAUCGCUGAAUGCAGAGAAAAAUGCAGCUGUCUCCCUGAACUGAUUGAAAACAGUGGUUUUUGAUGCCAUUUAUUGUGGGAAAAAGGGGACUUUGAAGCCCCACAAUCCCACAUGCAGAUGCAUGCUUCACUUGUCUCAGCAGCUAACUUGAGAAACUGAAAAACCGCGGCACUUCAGUAUCACUGUGUAGCCAGAUUUUGCCGUCAUCUCCCCGACUCCAACCCCACCCCCACCCCCCACCCCCC